AUGGAAACUAUUCAAAACAAUUUCACCAACCAAAAAAACAACGAACAAUACAUCUUCUUCAGAAACCAACAAGAAAGCCAAAGAUUUGAGAACUUCGCUAAGUUCAAUGAAAGCAAGCAACAGCAAUAUGAAACUAAGAAUACCACUACUUUCCAGAGAGAAUUCAAUGAAUGCUUCCCAAGCUAAAACCAGAUGAUCGGCAAAAGAGUCAAACCCCAAAAUUUCGGAGAAGUUUCUGAGACAGAUAUUUGUGAAGAGAACGACGACGAUGGGGAAGGGAAAAAGUAUUUCACUAAGAGAGCCAGGUUUAAUGAAUGUGAUAUGAACACUACUACUUUUGGCUUCAAUGCUGCUGCCCAUAAUGAUACAAUCACUCAAACAGCAUUUGAAUUUAAGACUUUUAAAGACAAUAAUACUACUUUCAUCAAUAACUGUGCUGCUGACAACAAAGACAUCAAUAGCUUUGAAGGUAGCGCAUUUACUACACAAACUAACAGCCCCAAUCUCACUUAUUGCACUUUCAACAGGCAGUUCCAAGCUAAUACAAGCAAUAUCGCUGCUGAGUUUGGUGAAAACAACGGAUUCUUCCCUGAAUUGAAAAAAAGAGAGACUAAGGAAGCUGAAAAGUAGCAAACUACUUGCAUCGGCUGCAAACUCCAAUUCCCCAAACUCAAAGUCAAUACCUUCUGCCACAAUUGUUUCAAGAUUUUUAAUGAAGUGGCUGAGUUUGUUGAUAAGAAAGGAGGAGUGUUUGAAUUCACAGAUAAAAAAUGUGUAAUCAAGGUAACUUGCCACAACCAACACAUCUUCACCACUGAUUAUAAACUUAAAGUAGUCAAGAAGUGGUGUCAAGCAUGUAAAAAUACUGUCAGAGAUAAAAGAAAAGACUACUAUAGAUAGGCUGAUAACGAAAGACAAGCUGAGUUUGAAAGAAUGCAAAGAGAGAUGUUUGAGAGAGCUAGGACUAAUAGCAAUAGCACUAAUCAGGACGAUAUUGAGGAUGAAUAUGUUAAUAAUUUUGAUGAGGAAACUAAAUUUGAGGAUAGCAGACAAGAGGAGUUUAAGUUUACUAACGCCGAGGAAAGCCAGAGAUUCUUCAACUACAUUGUUAACGAUAAUGUAGCAGAGAAUAAUGGUACCCAGUUUAGCGAAACUUUCCUUAGAGAAAUCGUGGAGUACAUCAUCUACGAACCUGACUAUAGACUUAUCCAAAUGUUUAAGAAUAUUCAAAAAGAUAAGAGAAUGCGCGCCUACAGAAGACUUGCCAGGAACAUCCACCCCGACAAGAACGCUCAUAUCCUCGCCAAGGAUGCUUUCCAAAAGCUCUUGCGACUUAGUAGUAGUCUGCGGUCGCCGUCCUUACAUCCUAUACCACAUUUCUAAAACACCAACGCCACCAACACAACCACUAACAAUACUACUACUACUGAUGAUGCCUUCAACUACAGACAAUUCGAUGAGAAAUUCUUUAAUGACAAUGACUUUGAAUUCACUUUUGAUUUCGAUAACAUUAAUGAUGAGGAAGAUGAGGAUCAAGACUUUGAGGAUUACGAUUAAAUAACUUGUUUGGAAUUCGAGAGAGAAAAUUUUUUUGAGAUGAUCAAUGUCUUCGGUUGA